CGGAGGAAACUCACUUCUUCCAGCCUGCACCCGAGGGACCCCCGCCCAACCCGAGGAUUGUCACCCCAACACGGACCAUCAUGAAGACGCUGGUGGCGCUCCUGCUGCUGCUUUGUGUUGAUGGCGCGCAUGGCGACUGUCAGGAUGUCUGCCUGUCCUGCAGCCUCAUCCUGCCCAAACAGCUCACCUUCAACACUAUGGAGUGUCUUUUUGCAUGUCAGGGUUCCAUCUCCCCGACAUCCUCCUGGGACACCUGCCGUGGAUCCUUGUCGCUGUCAUCUAUGCCCAAAAGAUCCCAGGAGGAAGUGGAGGCCUUCUUCCCUGCUGAGGAGGAAGACAAUGGAGAGAAGGAAGGGGAGGAGCUGCCCUUGGCCUUGCAGAGGUUCGAUCACAUGACCCGAGAGCUGGGGCUGGAUGAAACGGACGCGGGUACCCACGAUCCUCUGCCCUUGGACGAAGAGUAUGAGGACUCCGACGCCAGCGACGUGGCUCUGAGCGUCUCCAAGCGGUUUGGCGGCUUCCUGAAGGGCCGCCAUGGCUACAGGAAGCUGAUGGCCCCGGCCAGGUCCUACCAGAAGCGCUACGGCGGUUUCAUCGGCAUCCGCAAGUCGGCGCGCAAAUGGAACAACCAGAAACGCUUCAGCGAGUUCCUGAAACAGUACCUGGGCAUGAGCACUCGGGCCACAGCGUACAACAGCGUCUCGGAGGAGCUCAGCCGGCACAACCAAGUGUAGCGCGGCAACCGACGCCGUCACGCCCCCCGAGGUCCUGCUCGUAACCUCAGAUGGAUUUACACCGCAGGGCCCAAUUCUCAGUUUGUGCCUGUGUGUGGACCGUCUGUUUACAUCUGCUGUACUGUCAAGUGACACAUAUCUGGUAUGACUGUGCUUCUAUGUAAGAUGCUUAAUGGUCGCUUCCUCUCGUCUAAAUCGCUUGUAAGUAGGG